GGGCGGGGCUAAGUGCGGAGGGUCGGUCCGCCUUUCACUAUCUCCUCUCUUCUUCGGAUUUUGUCGCCGACCCUGAUCUACCGAAGUCAUGUUACCCAACACCGGGAAGCUAGCGGGAUGUACAGUUUUCAUCACAGGCGCAAGCCGAGGCAUUGGCAAAGCUAUUGCAUUGAAAGCAGCAAAGGAUGGAGCAAAUAUUGUCAUUGCUGCCAAGACCACCCAGGCGCACCCCAAACUUCCAGGCACAAUCUAUACUGCUGCUGAAGAAAUAGAAGCAGCUGGAGGAAAGGCCUUGCCAUGUGUUGUCGACGUGAGAGAUGAACAACAAAUCAGUAAUGCAGUGGAGCAAGCAGUGGAGAAAUUUGGAGGAAUUGAUAUUUUGGUGAAUAAUGCCAGUGCCAUUAGCUUGACCAACACAUUGGAAACACCUACAAAGAGAGUGGAUUUGAUGAUGAAUGUCAACACCAGAGGCACCUACCUUACAUCUAAAGCUUGUAUUCCUUAUUUGAAAAAGAGUAAAAUUGCCCAUAUCCUCAAUCUCAGUCCACCUCUGAACCUAAAUCCACUGUGGUUCAAACAACAUUGUGCUUACACCAUUGCUAAGUAUGGUAUGUCUAUGUGUGUGCUUGGAAUGGCAGAAGAAUUUAAAGGUGAAAUUGCAGUCAAUGCAUUAUGGCCUAAAACAGCCAUACACACUGCUGCAAUGGAUAUGCUAGGAGGAUCUGGUGUUGAAAGCCAAUGUAGAAAAGUUGAUAUCAUUGCCGAUGCUGCAUAUUCAAUUUUCAAAAAGCCAAAAAGUUUUACUGGCAAUUUUAUUAUUGAUGAAAAUAUCUUAAAAGAAGAAGGAAUAAAAAAUUUUGACAUCUAUGCAAUUAAACCAGGCCAUCCGCUAUUACCAGAUUUCUUCUUAGAUGAAUAUCCAGAUGCAAUUACCAAGAAAAUGGACUCAUCUGGUUCUGCCCCACAAUUGAAAGAAGAGAAAGCACAGCCACCAUCAAAACCACCUUCUGGAGCUGUGGAAGAAACAUUUAGAAUUGUUAAGAACUCUCUCAACGAUGAUGUUGUUAAAGCCACUCAAGCAAUUUACCUGUUUGAACUCUCAGGUGAAGAUGGUGGAAAAUGGUUUCUUGAUCUUAAAAGCAAGGGUGGGAAGGUUGGAUUUGGAGAGCCCUCAGAUCGGGCAGAUGUGGUGAUGAGUAUGUCUACUGAUGAUUUUGUAAAAAUGUUUUCAGGGAAACUAAAACCAACAAUGGCAUUCAUGUCAGGAAAACUGAAGAUUAAAGGGAACAUGUCUCUAGCAAUCAAAUUAGAAAAGCUAAUGAAUCAGAUGACUGCCAAGUUGUGAAGGAAAAGAAGAAAUACGUCAGCCAUUAAGCUCACAAAGUGUAAAAGGGCUCAACAGUUAAAAUCUAAUGUUUGUUUUCUUCCCCAUUUUAUUGUAAGGAUAUGCAUGUGUGUUCUGGAAAAAAAAAUGGAAUUUCUGUAUCUAUUAAGACUUGAAAUUUUAAUUAAAACAGCUAGCUAAUAGCUUCAUUAAGCAGAAUUCUAAGACACCUUUGUUUUUGAUAUAUUUUUUGAGUUUUGCUGUCUGAGCCCUCUAUCUUCCAGGGAAAGUGUCAUGAGUAAUUAAUCAGGGUCGAGAAGUAACAUUAGGAUUUUUCAGUUUUUCUCAUACAAAGUGAGGCUAAUCUGUUUUUAAAAUAAUUGGUUUUUGAUUGUAUACUAAUAAAAAUAUUAAUGAUAUUUUAGAUUUUUAUAUACUUACUUAAAGGGCUUCCACAAUACAUUUUUACAGAAAUCAUACCAUAAACUACUUAGUAUAUACUAUUUGUAAAGAUAAUGAAAUGAAAUAAACUUUCUCAGUUUUCCAUUUUGCUCACUAGCUCGCUAGUUAUGUUACCUCUGAGAAAACACUAAUGUAAUUCAACUAAUUGCAGUAUACUUUCUAUUUUAAAGUCCUAAAAUAAAAUAAAUUCUCAGAAGUACGCACUUGGUCACAGUGUUUUAAAAUGAGAACUUACGCAAUUGAUAGUUACUAUGGACUGAAUUUAUGCCCCUUAAAGCAAAUUCACAUGUUGAAGACUCAUCACCAUUGCCUCAGAAUUUGACUGUGUUGGGAGACUUUUGAAGAGAUUAAGUGAAAAAUUAGGCUUUUUUGGGGGGCCCGAAUCCAGUCUGACUGAUAUAUAUAUAAUGAGAAGAUAUUUGGUCACAAAGGAGAGGCCAGAAAUCCUCACAGAAGAAAGAUCAAGUGAGGACACAAGAAGGCACUUCUCUGCAAGCUAAGAAAAGAGGCCUCUGAAGAAAUCCAAUCUGUUGACCCCUUGAUAAUCUACAGAACUGUAAGAAAUAAAUUCUGUUGGCUUAACUGCCCAGUCUGU